AUAUUAUCCACACACCAGCAUCUCUCCUCUGCUAGCGCAGGCAGGGUGUUUCAGCCGCCCGGCUCAGACGUGAUGUUUCAGCCGUGAAGCAAAUUAUAAAAACCGAGUCUUCUCGAGACUUUAUCUGUGAGCAAAUGUGACCAUUUCCCACUUCCUGACAGUCCCCUCCUGAAGGGUUUCAGCACAGACAUCUUCUCUUGUGCGCUUCACUAAAGCAGAAGACCACCGACCCCCUAAUGUGGUCAUCUCACCAGCAACAACAUGCAAACAAGGAUCCUCAGAAGCAGCCGAUCUGACCGGGAGUGAAGUAACAGGCUGCAGCUUCGGACAAACCAGGAGAAACUUUCCUUCCUGGGUUGUGCACCGUGAACUGUGACCGCUUUUUCUUCCUCCUUUUUUUCCUGCGCGCCGCCUCUUACUUUAUUUCGUUGGUGAGCAGUGUGUGAGUGUUUGUGGCACCUCCCCACUCCUCCAUACAUCUCUUUGCCAACUUACCUUGCCGGCUGCAUCAUGCAUUUCUUCUGCAGCUCCUGGCUAUUGUAGUUAGAAGCAGGAGCCUGAGAUUUCUCCCCGAGCCGGCUUCCUCUUCCCCUGGUUUGGACUCCGGGCUGUACGUCAUGCCGAGACACCUGAAGCGCACUUCGGUUCCGUUGCAGGACCGCAUGGUUCCUUUGUAACUGGAUCUACUUUUCUUUGGAGGGAGAGGUGGGCAUGCUCUCCUCGUCUCUGGAGAACAUUUGCAAAGAGGAGAAGAAAGUAGAGAGAGAAGUGUGAGCAGCAGCUGCAGAGGGAAGGAGAGAUAACCUCAGAGAUUGUAACUUACUUGUAGAUGUUUGAUCAGGCCACGACUAUGGGCGAUGGGAACCACCGCUGUGGACCCAACCCGCUGUGCCCGGACAGGAUGGAGACGAAGUGCCGCGCCGAGAUAGGGAGCAGGUCCCCGGUCCAGAGCUCCACCGACACCCCGGGGACAUCAGCGUCCACCCCGACGUCCUCCAGCGAAGACGGACACGACAAACUUUUGGGAGUGGACCCUGACUACUGUCGGAGGAUAUUAGUAAGGGACGCCAAAGGCACCAUCCGGGAGAUCGUCCUGCCGAAGGGCCUCGACCUGGACCGGCCCAAACGCACGCGGACCUCCUUCACGGCCGAACAGCUGUACCGGCUCGAGCUCGAGUUCCAGCGGUGUCAGUACGUGGUGGGGCGCGAGCGCACCGAGCUGGCCCGGCAGCUGAACCUCUCCGAAACCCAGGUCAAGGUCUGGUUCCAAAACCGCCGGACCAAACAGAAGAAGGACACCACCAAGGAUUCAGACAAGCGCUCCUCCUCCUCGUCCGAGUCUUUGGCUACCUGCAACAUCCUGCGCCUCCUGGAGCAGGGCCGCCUGCUGUCGGGCCCCGCCCCGCCACACAACUCCCUCCUGGGGCCUCCGAGUCACCCAGCCAACGGCUCCCUGCUGAGCAGCCCUGGUGGAGGCUCCUCCACCUCGCCUGGGAUCAGCAGCAGCACUCCUCCCAGCUCCCUACCAGGAGGGACUUUCGGGCUGUCGCUGCCGUCGCUGGGCGGCGCUCCGCCUUCGCCGCGGCUGGGCGUCCCACCGCCACACUCCCUCUGCUUCUCCAUGCCGCUGCUAGGGGGCGCUCAUCACGAACUGACGUCCACCUACGGCUGCGGCUCUUCAGCUUUUGAGCCGUACAUGCGGCUGGACAGGAAGGAGGCGGAUCUGGGUGGGAAGAAGACAGUUUCUUAAGUUACACUUUUAGGAACAAGAGGGGACACUGACUUGUCUUUAUAAGAGCUUCUCUCCUCAGUCUCUCGCCCUGACACCUCUUUGACACUUGAACGGCUGCAGACAGGCAAAGAAAGCACCCUGGAUCACGGGAAAUGUGAAAAACUAAGUGACUGGGUUGCUUUCACGCAGCACCAUUUUGUGCCACGGCACUGUUUGGCACACUGACACAAAAUGGUGAAAAAGGACUUGAUGUGGCGGAGAGUGAUGAUUCCACUCUCCCACAUUAAAAAACAAAAAAGAAACAAAAAAAAGAAACAAAAACUUGUGAAUUUUUGCAAAAAUGCUGUGUGUGUAUGUUCCAGAUGGUUUUUAUCACCGCUCUCUUUGCAGUGGUUUUAAGUGACUCUUCACUUUUUGUCCAGUGAGUUUGUGUGUGUGGUUUUCUCUCUAUACAGGCCUUCAUUUACUGUUCAGGAAAAAAAAAUACUUGACAUGGAUAUUUCAGAUUGAAUCAGCAUCUGAGUGAUAUUUCAAAGAGAGCAGUAUGUACACAUUUCUAAGUGGCCAUGUUUGAUUUUAGUUGAUGUGCUAUCACAAUAGGAACAAACACUGAAGAAAAAAAGAAUCGUAGCAUUUUAAUAUCAGUCUGUUUGGUGUCCAGCUGUAGUUUUUGUAAAUUCUUUAUUUGGUUGUGUUUGUGUAUGAAACAAUAUGUGGUAGAAUCUGGACAGAUGGUGCAAAAUCACAUAUCUAGAUCUGAUAGGUGAAUAUGAAAGGACAUGAAAAGAAAGACAUGUAGUUUUGUGACAAAGCUGGUUAGAGUCUGCCAAAGCAUUCACUCAUAAAGCUUUGGAAGUGCCACACUUGUUGCACUCCAGUCAGAGAAAUGACUUUUCAACUCCGAUUGAUUCACAGAUUUCUCAGUUUCCCAUCCUAAAGAUGCAGAUAUUAAAGAAUCUGGCUGUAUUUUUGGACAGUUUUGCAGCACUAAGUCUCAAUUUCUGUCCAUGAUUAGAGCUGCAACCCUAAAAAAAAAUCAAUGUGCAGCAAUUUUGAUAAUCAGUUCAAUGCUUUUUUUGUUUUUCAAGCAGAGACACCAACUGUUUCUGUAAAUGAAUUUUCUUUUUCGUACAGUGAAGACAACACAGACUGAGAGAUUGAUCGAGAAAACAAUUGACCUAUUGAUUGAUAAUGGCAGUUAGUUGCAGCCCUGGUUGGGACAAACAUGUCACCUGUAGGAUUUGUUGCUUCACCCCAUUUUUUUCUUCUUUUUCCGGCUUGUUCAUAAUUGGUUUUCCGAUAACCGCAUCUGUUCGACCAGGUCAUCAUAUCCAAAACCUUCGUCUUUUACGUAACAAGCUGCAGCAUCACAUGAGAACAUCUUUAUUGGUUUAUUUUUCUUUAACUUUGUAUUUGUGUUUGGAUCUUCUUCGAUGACAUUUGACUCACCCUCCUGUUACACUUUAAAUGAAAAGAGUUCCUCUGAUCGCCCCUCAUUGAAAGCACUUUAUGUUUGUAGGUAUUUAUACAUCCUCCUGUAUCUUCCUCUUUUUGCUUUUAAAGCUCCUCAUUCACUAAAAAAAAAAAGCCUCCCAGCUUUCACAGCUUUAGUAAGAGUCAGGGUUUGGAGUCAGUUUAUUUUUACGAAGGUGUUUUUUGGAAUUAAAGCCAGAAAACCCUCUCCUUGUUUUCAAAAUAAACUGCAGCUCCAUUUUUGAAUUGAUGGAUCUGAAGCUAAUUUGACCUCUGUGUUUGGACUCCGAAUACAUAUGUUGAAUACAUUCAGGAGAGGAAGAUGGAGGGAACUGAAAGGAUCAGCUGUUGUAUUUUUCCCUUCCCCAUAUGAUGCCAUUUGUCCAGGUUUCCUUGUUGUCCAAAGAAAAUCAAAAUCACCCAGGAGAACCUGCAAUUCGCAACAGUUUGCCCUCAAUUUGUGCGUGUCAGAUGAGUUAUUGCCCCCUUUUCACUCCUGUCUCUUGUCUGUUCUCCCAUGUAUCUAUUCAUUUCUAGAUUUCAUCUCCCUGUGAGGUUUAAUGCGUUUUUUCCCCCAAUCCCUUUCUCUCCCUUGUGGCUCGACAUGUAUUAAAAAAAAAAAAAAAUCGGACACUGCCAUGACAUCAAUUUCGAAAUAAGCCUACCAGUAAAGGCCAGUUUAGAGCAGCCGAGCAUGCUUCCAGCUGCAGACACAUUUCUAGUGGAGUGCAUGGAAAGGUUCCGACCUCAGCCGAUAAAAACUCUCCGUCUGUCGGCUCAUCGGGCCUUUUUGCACCCGUGUAGCAGCGGCUGGUGGCUGGUGAUUUGUUGUUGUUGUGUUCAGACCCCAACGGCGCUGCAAAAAAACCCUGUCAUCAAGUCGCGGCUCUUUGCAGCGGUGCACCUGUGCUGUUGUCGAACACUGUAUUAUUUUCUAUAAGCACCAUUCAUAAUUCACACGCUCUGGCAUCAAAUAUUGAGCAGAGAGAUGGAACUGAGAGGUCAGAGGCUUGGCUUCUCAUGUGAGCCUGGCAUACUCUUUCACAAAUCCCUCUGAUUUGUCCUCACUCACAACCCAUUCGUUCCCCUGCUGUGUCAUAAACAGCCUCUGCUCCUUGUUUUUUAUUAGAAUAUUUAAUUUUUUUUGUUUGUUUUUUUUAUGUCUUUAGCUGCACAAGAUAGUGGAUACAAGAGAUCUUAAUUAGGAAAAUCAGCUCUUUUACAGUCAUUUCUCAGCCAUUGUGACAUGAAAGGAGCGUCAUAUGUUAAAGAAUCUUCUUUUGUUUCGGUGGUUACAAAAGAAAUCUUCUCACGCUCCGUAUUUCCCUUGACAUUCAGCACUGACUCCUUUUCCUGUCACGGUACGGUGAUGUUUUGUAAUGUAAAUCUGCUGUUACUGUAUUGUAUGCUCAGCUCGGUAGAUUAAGGAUUCAGCUUGAGGGAGACAGUCAAAGAAGUGAGCGGCCACUUCUCUUCUGGGCAGAAAGAAAUGUUGUAAAGCCUUGCAUCAGUUAAACAAAGCCUUUAGUUUUCACUUUUCUUUUGGUUCUACAGUUUGUUUUUGCUUUUUCUUUGUAAGAUUCUCAUUCCAGCUGAGUGGAAGUGUUGCUUUUGUUGUGUGCAAUCUGUGACACCUUGCACUUGUUGAGGUUUCAGAAACAGUAAGGGCCUUGCCACGGCUCUCGCUACUGCAUCAUGACUUUCUCGAGUCCUUUUCUGUGAAAUGUUCUUUUAUUUUACAAACAAACUGACUCCGCUUGGUUCACUUUUUCGUUAUGCACAGCCAAGGUCCUGCAUUGGCCCUGACUUCUUUUCUUUGAGCAGUAAAACUUACUUAAUGUCAAGCUAAAGGCACCAGCUACUACUUAUGAUGAACAAACUGUAUGUACAUAGAUAUAAAUUUAUAUAUAAAUAUAUAUAAAUGGGUCUUUGCACAAGUUAUCUCCAUGUCUGCUCCGUGUGACUUUAACAGGAAAAACAAAAUGUGAAAGAAAGUUCAGAAAAAAGACUUUAUAUAUGCUUUACAAUUCUUUGUCUCAUUAACAUUUUGCACUUAUUUAAAGAGGCUUACUUCUGUUUCUGGGCUGACAGAGCUGUUUUCACGCUCGGCCAAGAUAUUGUACAAUAUGUAUAUGUAUUUUUAUUCAUAUGCAUAUAAAUAUAUGUCUAUGUAAUUUGC